GCGGCCCGGACUGGAGACGGAGCUGCCGGAGGAGACGGUCGGACGGUCGGUCGCUCUGCCGCUGGAUGUUUGGAUAUUUGGCCAGGUCUCGGCGUUCCUGCGCGGUGUUUGGGAUUGUAAGCAUGUCGCUGAGCUCCUGGGAGCUGCGCUGAGGGAGCACGGAGACCGGGAGCCGGCGGAGGUCCUCCUUGCUGCGGGUCUGGAGCACACGGAGGAAUGCCGAAAGCGACCUUGGAAAAGCUGUGCGUCAUGAUCGGACCAUCCGUAGGGCCAGUCGCUUCCAGACACUGACCACCCGUGCCAACCGUGUGAGGAGGAGUGUGUGUCCCAUGUUGCACUAGGAGUGAGUGUGUGUGUGUGUGAGAUGCUGGCCUGUUUGCCAGGGCCAGGUGACCUCUCCCUCCAGCUUCUUCCCCACUCGCAGAUGAACACUGGACUUCAGAAAUGGGACACUACACAGAGGAUGAGAUCAGCUCAGUGUCCGACCCCUGCGGAGCUGGAUGCUUAUGCUAAGAAGGUCGCCAACAGCCCACUCACCAUCAAGAUCUUCCCCAACAGCGUCAAGGUUCCGCAGCGCAACCACGUGCGCCGCACCGUCAACGGCCUGGAUACGGGCGGCCCUCGCUACAGCCCCUACCCCCCCUCCCAGCCCACGGCCAAGGCCGGCCUCCUGGCCAUCGUAAAGGCGCCCACCGCCAAGGGCGUGGUUAAGGACUUUGCCGGUACACGAGCGCGCCUGCACCCCGAGGCCAUGAUGAGCGCCCCCGGAGGCCCGUACGCUCCCGCGGGCGCCAGCACUUUAACCCUUCACCACGGGCCACAGCCGCUCCCGAGAGUGCCCGGCCAGCAUCAGCAGGGGCUACCCCAGCACUCACAGACUCUCCAGCCCCUCCAGCAGCCCCAGCCUCAGCAGCAACAACAGUCUGGAGCACAACACCAGGGGCAUCACCCCCCUUCUGCUAUGCCCCAGCACCCCCAGGGCAUGGGCAGGACGCAACCUCUGUCGCACCCUCCUGCCCUGGCACAUCCAGGUCCACAACCCCCUCCUGCUGUACUGCUCCAACAGCAGCAGCAACAGCACCUCCAGCAGCCUCCUCCAGGCCUGCAGGGCGGCGCCAGGAAACUCCCGGAUGCUGACGCCCCACCCAAUGUGACCGUGUCUACCUCAACCAUUCCGCUGUCCAUGGCUGGGGCCCUACACCAGGGCCGACAGGCCGACCUGAGCAGCAUCGUGCACCAGAUCAACCAGUUCUGCCAGGCGCGGGCUCAGGGUGCCGGCGCCACGUCCGUGUGCGAGGGCCAGAUCGCUAACCCCAGCCCCAUCAGCCGAAACUUGCUCAUCAACGCUAGCUCCCGGGUGUCUAUGCACGGUGGUCACCCUGGUGCACUCAUGCACCCUUCGUGCAACAUGGGACCCUUGGACAAAGCUGCUGCACCGGCCCCUGUGGGCGCCAUACCCCCACACGGCAUGGGCACCAUGAACCGGAUGCCUAUGUAUCAUAGUGAUAUGAAGCAGCAUCCUCAGCAACAUCAACAUCAACAGCAGCAUCCACAACAACAUCAACAGCAUCCACAGCAACAUCAACAGCAACAACAUCCGCAGCAACAGCAUCCGCAGCAACAUCAACAGCAUCCGCAGCAACAGCAGCCUCUACAGCACCAACAGCAGCAUCAGAACCGCCAACACCACCAUCAACAUCAACAACAACAGCAGCAGCAGCAACAGCAGCAGAUGAGGUCAUGGAACCAGCAUCAGCUAGCUCACCUGCAGCACAUUUCAGACGGGGUCGGCCACCCUUGCAAGCCCCCUCAACGAGACCCUACUGGCUUCCCCUGUAAGAGCAUGAACUACCCUCCGGAGCUGUGCAUGGGGCAGCCUUACACCCUCAAACCCCCCUUGGAUAAACCCACGCCCUCGCCACCGGUCGUCAACAACAACAACAACAACAACGGCAUGGCGCACUACGCCAACGGGCAGUACUACCACCAGCCACCAGUGUGGGGCAGCAUCCUGCCCACGCCCAACAGCGACAGCUCGGGAUUGCAGGAGAUGCCCAUGCCGUUCCUCGGCACCGCCACGGGCAGCACCAACCCAGCCCCGGGGGGAGUGGACUGCGCCCCCGCGGGAGCGACGGCUCAUUACCGGCCGCAGGCAGGGGUGGCCGUGGUCGCAGGGCAGACUAAUCUGAUGCAAACGGCGGAUUACAUGGGAGGGGACUUCCAGACGCCCUGCUUCCGAGAUCAAAAUCUGGGCCUGAUGAGGAAGAUGCACAGGCCGCCCCCCAUGGGCAGGGUGGUGGCCCCCCCUUCCGAGGCCCAUGGCCAGCACCCAGGGUACAGAUAAGCUCCAAUUAAAGACUUUAAAAAAAAAUAAACACAACAAAACAACAACACAGGCUCUACUCUUCUGCUCCUCCGUCUCUGUCUGUCCACUGCAGAUAGCCACACAUACUCGAUACACUCAACGCUCUCUCAGUCUGUCUUAAUACCAAUACUACUACUACUACAACUACUACUUACCGUGAGAAAAACGCAUAAAGCAUCAAAAAUUCAGUUUAAAACGACCGGAAACCAAUCGCUAAUGCUACAAAAAAAUAAAUAAAUAAAUGAAGGACGCAAACACACAACAAACGCAUCCAAACAAAGA